AUGGACACGGAAGAUUUAUCGAAAGCACGAUUUGUGGAAGUACACAGCUAUCUAGAAGAGCGAGCUGCUCAAGUAGCUGAUCUCCUUCAGGUAGUGGACAACUCUAAUCUUGUAUCAGGUGAAGUCACGAAAGGUCCCCGAACUGCUGCGCAGCGUCUUCCACGACACAUGAGGAGACGUGCUAUGGCUUAUGAUGUUCGCCGAUUCCCAAAAGGUCUGCGAAAAUUUGCAGCGCCAUUUGUAGCUCUUUCUAAGCAUAAAAAGAAGCCGCCUAGCCGAUACUUUCGUAGGAGGUCCAGGAAUUUGCUACUGAACUACAUCAGAAGGCAGCGUCGGAUGGUUUGGCUAGAAACACAUAUAUGGCAUGCAAAACGUUUCCAUGUUAUAGAUAGAUGGGGAUAUCGACUUCCUGAUCGAAGUUUUCAACGAAAUUUCCGUCCGUGCUAUCGGGAUUCCAUCAGACAUUGCACAGUUCGCGAUAAAAGUUAUCUCAGUUGUAUACUUAUUUCUCAUAAUAAUCAAGAAGAGCUCAUUUCUUUGUUAAACCCGAUGUGCGUGAAUGCAGUAGGUCCAACAUUUGCGUUUAAGAGUGGCUUAAACGGACUUUAUGAGAUAGCCACCCAUCUCUAUCAUCCAGGACAAUUCCCUAACGGUUUUAUUGGACCUUCUCGAUUUCAGUGGAGCAGAGAGGGUGACACGUUUUAUUUGACUUUGUGGAUCCAUCCUUCAUUUCGUGAUGAGGUGUUAAAGGUGAUUAUGGAACUGUUAGAGCUUGUGGAGGAAGAACAAACAGACGGAGAAAUGUUGCAGUCCUCUUCGUUUCCCAAAACUGUGGAGGAAUGGCGGCUAAGCAAAAUACGAAUACACACGGAUAGUUGGGUCGGAAAAAGUGGAGUUCGGGUUCAAAAUUUAUGCGACCAGCUGGUGAGAUUUCGUCUUUACGGUCCUUUAGCGCUUGCUGUGGUCUCUGAUGCUUUGAAACUGGUUGAAGAUGUGGAACCACCGCAGUUCAGUGAAAAUCACGAUGAAUGGCGCACGUCAAUCGCAUCGUUCCAUCCUGGAACCAUUGUUGACGGAUCAGUUUUUUCGCUACUCGUAGAAGAUCCUAGAAUAUCGCGGCCAAGUGUCAAACAGAUUCCCGCUUCUGGUGGUUCUGAAAGCUCCAUAGAGACUCGUGUUGUUCCUCAAGGCAUCUUUUGGAAUAAAGGCAAAAGAAUUCAAGCUUUAGCUGACAGGAUGAGUGAUUCUGAUUUGAACAAGCUCAAAGGAAAAUCUCUUGGACAAAUAAAGGAGACACCAGCUAAGAUCCCUGUUCUUGUUGUGAUUCGAAACGGAGGAUCAGGACGAAGUGAUACAUUAUCUGGAUGCGAACUAAUCGCUCCAUGUGGAUUCGGAGUGGACUUUUGGGUAGCCCUACAGCUGCGAACGGCGCGUGCUUCUGGCUGGCGCGAUGAUCUCACCGCUCAUUUGGAAGCGUCGCGGCUAUGUUUUCCGACGGAUGUGAUUGAUUGUCAAGCAGGGAGUGAGGAUAUUAAACGGAUGCAGGUGGAACAUGAGGUUCAAUAUGAGAAACGACCACAUAACAGACGUGUUCAAUAUUGGAGGAAAAUGUCUGUCAAGUAUCCGUUCUCAUUCGAGUACGCCGAACUUCUCAAUGAUUGGUUGAAGGCUAAGGGAAAGAACACAGCCGAACAACCGUAUGUCUUACGAGAUCGCCGUGCUCUCCUGUCUCUUUCAAAGUGGAUGCAGGGUAAAGCAAAUCUCCCAGACGAUUUCUUCAACACGCACUUUCGUUCCUUGGUUCCAGUGGAACUGCAAUGCUUAGCGCGAGGAAAACCUAGGCGAUAUGGACUUGUUUGUCUUCCUACGGCGGAUGACAUGAUUAAGGUGAAAAAUCGUCACAAAACUGGUCCAACAAUAAUUGUGCAGCCACCGAGAGAUGGGAAGCGGCAGGAAGAUUCCGCUCCUAUGGAUGUGGAACAACCAAACACCGUAAAACAAGAUAUUUGGAAAGAUACAGUGUCCAUAGAUCAGUCUACGCGUGAAAAACCAAUUUCAUUGAAGGAAUUGUUUCCUGACACGAAGGUGGUUGACAGAGCUAUGAAACGGAAAAUAAUAAAUCGAAAGAAAAGAGAAAAUGCUAAGCGGAGGCGUGAAAAUAGGGAGGAGCGACUCAAGGAAUGGAAUGCGGAAAAAGAAGAAAAAGAAAAAGUUUCAUACAGAGAAUCAGCAAACAGACUUAUAAUUGGACGAGUGGUUCGAGGCGAUUUCUCUUUUUACUCAGCAUCUGGCAAAGCUUUGUCCUAUGUGCCGUUAUGUGUUCUUGGGGAUAUUCGGAGCAAAGGAAAUGUUGUUUUGCUUCGGAAUUCCACAUCGAGAUAUUACCACCCAGCCAAACUAAGCAUUUUAUGCAAUCAAUUAGAAAUCUAA